AUGGAAAAAAUCACAGUUACAGCAUUCCAUCCCCUUCACAAAUUCGGUCUUUACAAGGUGUGGAUCAAACAUUCAGCUGAAAUGAACUUCCUAUAUGGGAAUAAUGCUUUGAGAAGCCAUAUUCAUAGGAUAUCUGAGUCAAUUCCCAUGAAUGCUGGAGUGUUCGUAUACGACCAGAAUGAUAUUCCUCUAGGAUUUGGCUUGCUGGCUGUUAACUCCAUAUCAUAUUCUCGUGCCAGAGGUGGAGAUAUUAUUGUUCUUCGCCAGGCUGAUAAUGGAGAAUAUAUUAGAAGUGAGUCCAACUUGGCAUAG